UUUGUGUGAAACGACAGAGCACAAUCAUGUUUUUUAGCUUCCGAUCGUUGACACUCACGUCUGUAUCACUGCUGCGUGAAGGCUAAUGGUUAAUACGCAGGGAUCCAUGAAUCAGUCGAAGUCUGAUGAAAGUGUGUCAAAGCGUUUAAGAGUCAUGAAGAAAUCUGAGCAGUUGCUUCAUUACAACAAUGCAAAGACAAACAAAGAAAUGAAAUAUUUUAAUCUUGUUGGUGCUGAAGGUGAUAAUGCCUUGAUUGUCAGAUGCUACAUUACAUCUAAGUUCAACACUAUUGAACCUGGAUUGAGCUUCAGAUUUCAAAAUUUAACUGCUCGAGGGAAAAGUGAAUAUUGGGUAACCAGCAAAACAAUGAUAUCAUACACAUCUACAGUUGAUGUAAGUCCAGAUAUUGUUCUUCCAUACCUGCCAGAAAAUUUACCACCAGAUGGACUAAGCCAUUCUCUACAGGAGGCAUUGAAUUCACCAGAAAAAUCAAGUGUCAUGGGAAAGAUUGUUAAGGUUUCACCUAUUAAGUAUGUUAGAGAUGGUAACCUUGCUGUCAAGUCAUUGUUUCUUAAAGACAACAGCACUGUUGCAAAAGUUUGCCUUUUUGACAAACUUGCAGAAAAUGAAUAUGCGGAAGGGAACAAUUUGCAGAUAACGGCAGUGUAUCCCAAGAAGUACCUGGGUGUUGAACAGUUAACAUCAACUGCAUUUACAAAAUGUCAGUUUUUGUCAGACCAAAACUUCCCUGACAAGACGGAAGAAGAUUUUCAAAGGUUUCGGAGCGAUGGAGAUUUUUUGGACUCUAUCAGUGAUUUGAUGCCAUCGUUGGUAACAUUAACGGAUAUUUUGGACAUUGACAUCUACGAUGUGUGCAGUAAUGGUUCUUGUAAAGAAAAAAAGAUGAUCAAAGAAAAGUGUCCUGUGUGUGGGGGACACACAAAAAAGGUGGAGAAAAACAUCCGAGUAACUUUUCUGUUUUCAACAGAAUCGAAAAGAGAUGAAAAAGCAACCAUCUUUAAAGAUACUUUGGAGGAAGUCAUGAAGGACACAUUUACUAUUGAAUCAAAGGCAGCUUGCUUAAGCGUACUAUUAGAGAAGUUGCCAAUCAAGUUUAAAUCCCAAGUUUCGGCACGUAACACUUUUUACGAUAUUAGUGAUUGUUAAAUGUUGCAAGAUGAAUGCAGUCACACACCUUCAGUUCACCUACAAUGUAGAUGUUGCCCUUUUUUUUGGUAGCUAAUUUUUUUUUAAAGACCUUUUUAGAUUUGUUUGAAUUCAUUAUUACUAAGGAAGUAUUAGAAGUACAAGAAUGUAGGAUUUGCACUUACUGUAGACGCAUGUAUUUUUGUGUCGCCUGCGUUACGCAGUGGCGACAUAUAGGGAUCACUAUCCAUCGUCUUGCGUCGUCACAAAAAAUUUCUGUCACAGUUUUCUCAAGAACCACAUGGGGCAACUCCCUGAUAUUUGGCACAGAGCAUCAGUGUGGCCAACUGUAUUGUGUAAGACAUUUUCGAAUCUGUUGCUUAUCAACUUCCUGUUUAGUGACAAAAACCAUUCCAAUAAUUUACUUUUUCAACAUUAUACGUGAUAUAUUACAUAUAGAAUGAACAAGCAGGCGACACGUCUUCCGGGGAAGACUUAAUACUGCGUUUUGUAUUAUUAUGCGACAUAGGUUUCAGCUAGAAGUUCUUAGAUUUGUUUGAAUUUUUAGUUACUGUAGAAGUAUUGCAAGUAUUUAGCCUAUGCACUUACUGUAGACACCUGAAUUUUUUUUCAUUUUGCAGAAUUUGUUGUUUGAUGUACAAUAGCACUAUCAAAUAUAAUGAAGACCUAAUGUCAUCAAUGUUCUGUUUUGCUUUUAAAUUAUUUUACAUCAUGAUAAAGCAAUAACUUUUAUAGCAAUGGGUAUAAUAUUUAUUGUCAGUAUUACAGUCUUAUUUUUGUUCAGUAUUGCUUUUCAAAUAUGAUGUUUUUUAUUCUAGUCAUUACAACCAGUCCAUUCCAUUUUUUCACUAGUCAUCAUAUUUAGAAGUACUAACACUUAAGGACCCUCUAUAUACUGCACACUAAAAAGUUGUCAUUUCAUGUUAUUUUUAUGCAGUUAAACUGAUCUGCUCUCAUCUAAUUUAUUGAUUUCUCCAAAUAUUACUUGAUAUAUAUUAAAUUCAAACAUUUCUAACAUUAUGCUAAGUAAUGUUACACUUUAUUUGCAUGUAUUUUUCCCAUUUAAAUAAACAACCCUGAUUUGCGUUCAGCAAUAGUCCAAUGCUAUGGCGUAUGCUAUUUUGAAAAAUUUUCCUCAGAGUAAAUAUCUGCUUUCCUACAAUGAAGAUGAAAUAGAUGGCUCAGUAUUUACACCUUUAUAUGAAAUAAUUUUUCAAUGUCUAGAAAAAAAUUUUCAUCAGUGUAUCUAGUGUCCUUAAUUGUUUGUUCAUUAACCUUUGAAGUCCACAUUUGAUAUCUUUUUUUGUUUUGUUUUGAAAAAUGCAUAAUUCCAAGGGUGCUAAAGAAUGUUUUGAUUAUUGCAUUAUACUAUUUUGUUAAAUAUUGUCACAGGUUGUGCCAAUAAAAUUUUCAAUCUUGAAUAAAUCUGAUUUAUUUCAUAGCGAAAGGUUAUGAUAUUUGGAUAACCCAAAUUAAAUGUCACAGUUUUAAUAUGGAAAGUGUGAAAUUAAAUUAAUGCAGUAUUCAUGCAACAGUCAUUGGUUGAAUUA